AUCUCGGCCAAUUGCCUGCCUCUGCUGCCUUUGUGUUCUGUGAUCGGGUCAAUCAUGUCGAGCUUUUCAAGAGUACUCCUGCGCACUUCGCGCUCUGCGUUGCAGUACCAGCGUGGCGUCUCGCCAGUGCAAAAUGCGCUGGGUGCCCAGGGCACGAGCAGGUGGAUGAACGGGGUACGGAACUACGCCGCCUUCACACGAGACAAGCCGCACGUCAACAUCGGCACCAUUGGCCACGUCGACCACGGAAAGACAACUCUCACAGCAGCCAUCACCAAGCGACAAGCAGAGAAGGGCUACGCAAAGUAUCUCGAGUAUGGCUCCAUCGACAAGGCCCCCGAAGAGCGCAAGCGCGGUAUCACCAUCUCGACUGCCCAUAUCGAAUACCAAACUGAUAACCGCCACUACGCCCACGUCGACUGCCCCGGUCACGCCGAUUAUAUCAAGAACAUGAUUACCGGAGCCGCCAACAUGGAUGGUGCCAUCAUCGUCGUCGCUGCAUCAGACGGUCAAAUGCCCCAGACCCGUGAGCACCUGCUGCUUGCCCGUCAGGUCGGUGUCCAGAAGAUUGUCGUCUUCGUGAACAAAGUCGACGCUGUUGAUGACAAGGAGAUGUUGGAACUGGUCGAGAUGGAGAUGCGCGAAUUGCUUAGCAGCUACGGAUUCGAGGGUGAUGAGACACCCAUCAUCAUGGGCUCUGCUCUGUGCGCCAUCGAAGGCCGCCAACCAGAGAUUGGUGUGACCAAGGUUGACGAGCUGCUCGAGGCGGUCGAUUCAUGGAUCCCUACACCCCAACGUGAGACGGAUAAGCCCUUCCUCAUGGCCGUCGAGGAUGUCUUCUCCAUCGCUGGUCGUGGUACCGUCGUCUCUGGCCGUGUCGAGCGUGGUAUCCUCAAGCGUGACUCUGAAGUAGAGCUUGUCGGCAAGGGUACUGCGCCCAUCAAGACAAAAGUCACUGACAUUGAGACCUUCAAGAAGUCAUGUGAGGAGUCGCGUGCAGGUGACAACUCAGGUCUUCUCCUCCGCGGUGUCAAGCGCGAGGAUGUUCGCCGUGGUAUGGUCGUCUCGGUCCCUGGACAAGUCAAGGCACACAAGAAAUUCCUCGUCUCCAUGUACGUAUUGAGCAAGGAGGAAGGUGGACGCCACACUGGCUUUGGUGAAAACUACAGGCCGCAAAUGUUCAUCCGAACUGCCGACGAGUCGUGUGCGCUACACUUCCCGGAGGGUACAGAGGAUGCGCACGACAAGCUCGUAAUGCCCGGUGACAACGUUGAGAUGGUUUGCGAACUCCAUCAGCCACACGUCAUGGAGACUGGCCAGCGGUUCAACAUGCGUGAGGGUGGCAGGACAGUCGCCACUGGCCUGGUGACCCGUAUUUUGGAGUAGAGCAGAAUUCCCGCCAGCAAACACGACCUGGUAACAUGACAGCGGCAUAACCUGAUGUGCGAACUAGGCAAGGCUUUGUACAAUAUUGUUUUGGACAUACCCCCCACUCCCCGCUUCUCGUUUGAUCUUCCUCAUGUACUUUAGUAGCACGAACAAACCGGAUCUAGAUGUGAGGCGUUGAGUUCUAUGAUGAAGCCGGAACGAUAUAAUGGCAAUUACCAAGAGAUACUGUAUCAUCCA